AUGUCGCCGCCACUAUCUCUUCUUCCCAAAACCUUUACUCCCUUUCUCUCCUUCCGUUCUCCCCCACUCACUCGCCUAAAGACCAUCGUCUCCGCUCGCACCAUGACCUCUCAAUCAAGCCAACGCGUCUUCCAGCUCAGACAAGACCCUCUCACCGGCACUUCUGAGUGGAUCAUCAUCGACGAAAAUGACCAAGCCGGAGCUCCAGUAACUUCCACGGACGGCCUACUCGCCACGACGUCGUAUCUUGACAUGCUCAAUGACACUCGCCGCAACCGAGCUUACCGUCUAGCCAUCGAGAAAACCAUCACCGAGCCUUGCCACGUCCUUGACAUUGGUGCUGGAACUGGGUUACUAUCAAUGAUGGCUGCAAGAGCAAUGGGCGGAAAAGAGGAGUCUGGUGAUUCGAUGGUGACGGCGUGUGAGUCGUAUCUCCCUAUGGUGAAGCUUAUGAGAAAGGUUUUGCAUAAGAACGGGAUGACCAAGAAUAUUAACCUCAUCAAUAAACGUUCAGAUGAGCUCAAAGUUGGGUCAGACAUUGCUUCACGUGCUGAUGUUCUUGUGAGUGAGAUAUUGGACUCUGAGUUACUUGGUGAAGGUUUAAUCCCAAGUUUACAACAUGCUCAUGACAUGUUGCUUGUUGAGAAUCCCAAAACUGUGCCGUACCGAGCUACUACGUACUGUCAGCUUGUAGAAAGCACAUUCUUAUGUAACAUGCACGAUCUACAAAGUAACGAGGCUAAAAUGUCUGAUGGUGUUCGUUUAGUUCCUCCUGGUUUAGAGAGUUUAUUUGGCAUCAAGUCACAGCAAUAUAGCAUGCAUGUCGAUGCCAUUGAGAAAGAGAUCAAACUGUUGUCAGAGCCUGUCAAAAUAUUUGAAUUUGACUUUUGGAAACGGCCAGAGAGUAAUGGAGAGCUUGAAGUUCACAUAGAAGCAAUAAACGAGGGUAGUGUCAAUGCCAUAAUUUCAUGGUGGGUGCUGCAGCUUGAUAGUGAAGGAACAAUCUUCUACUCUACUGCUCCUAGAUGGAUAGAGUCAAAUAAUGAGAUAGGUGUUAGAGACUGGUGUGACCAUUGGAAACAGUGUGUUUGGUUUACUCCAGGAGCAGGCGUAUCCAUAUCCAAAGGAGAAAACGUUCAUUUGCAUGCUGCUCAUACUUGUACUAACAUCUUGUACAAUCUGAAGAAGACACAUGAGAUGACACACUCUUCUUUUAGCACUGGAGAUCUGCAACUCACAUUACCACCCGAAAGAGUUGCCAUAUAUGGCGACAAUAUUUAUAGGCAAUCCAUAUUUGAGGCCACACGAAAUGCCUUACAGGGAAAAUCUCAUGCACAAUGUCUCGUCAUUGAUGAUAGUCUUCUCUUACCAGUUAUGGCUCUACAUAGUUCCAACACAUCACGGGUGAUAUCAUUGUCACCGGGGCUGCAAGAGAACGCUGCCAAAUAUUUGGAAGCCAUUGCUGAUUUAAAUGGUUUUUCAAAAGCUCGUUUGGAAUAUUUCAGAGAAGGGAAGUCAAAGUUGGUGGAAGCGUAUCCAAGCAAGAUUGAUCUACUGAUUGGGGAGCCAUAUUACUAUGGACUUGAAAGCGGGCUUCCGUGGCAGAAUCUUAGAUUCUGGAAGGACAGAACUCUACUUGACCCUGCCCUGUCACAAGAUGCAGUGGUGAUGCCGUAUAAAGGAGUUUUGAGAGGUUGCGCAAUGUAUCUUCCUGAUCUCUGGAAGAGCCGUUGUUGCCUUGGGAGUGUAGAAGGGUUUGAUCAUGCUCUAGUGAAUGCAACCUUAGGGGGAUGUGGUGAUCUACCUUCUGGUAAAGACAGUCCUUGUUUGCCUUUCUUUAUCUGGCAAUGUGGAGAGACAAAGAAACUUAGCAAGGAGUUCACAGUCAUGGAGUUUGACUUCUCCAAGCCCAUCACAGGUCCAUGUUCUGGGGAAGUCCAGAUUGAAUUUAUCAAACCCGGAGUAUGCCAUGGAAUUGCAUUGUGGAUGGAUUGGGUGAUGGACAAAGAAAACUCAAUCGUUAUCUCAACAGGACCAGAUGAAAGAUAUUGGAAGCAAGGAGUGAAGCUAUUAGGAAAGCCAAUGACAGUGGAAGGUCCAUCAUCCAUAGGAAUCCAAGCUUCUUUAGAUCCAUCUUCUAACGGCGAGCUUAUCAUCACACAUUCUCUCUGUUGACUGUUUUUUUGUAUAAAUCUGUGUACGAGUCUUUCUCACAACCAAAUGACUUGAGAGUUGAUACCUUAUUGUUUUUUUUAAGUGUAGAUUAGAAUGAGAACUUUGACUAGAAAAGAAAGUGAAUCAAUUAAAUUAAAC